CUAACGAGAGAGAGACGUCCUCGUCCGCUUGCUGUGUUCAUCAGUGGGUUUGUGAAGAAUGCAGCCCUUUACAAGUAUUUCUAACUGCAUCAAAUAGCCUACUGUGUCUGAUAUAGACGUCAUCAGAGAAGGCCUUUUAACAGGUGUCCAAACACUGGUUAAUCCCAUCCACAUGACCUUCAGGUCUGGGGAAACAUGCAUAAACAGUCGGGAAUUCGCCUUGACGCACGCAUACACGCGUGCACAAACGGAUCCAAUGGACACGCAGUCAAGGGAUGACCGGAAAAAAUGUGUUUCUGAGUGUUUGUGCAAGCUGCUGGGACUCGGGAGGGACAACUAGCCUUAGUGUCAUUUAAUCUCUCUCUGUGUGUGUGACAGUUUCUCGCAAGAUCGUCACGACGGGAGAGCAAGAGAAAAUAUAUAUAUGGAAAACUGGAGAGAGUUGACAUGUCUAUAAAGAGUUAUAGUAUAUGACUGCAGUAUUUGACAGGAUAUUGAACUGCGAUCAAAGAACUUUCAGUGCACUUUGGAACUGUAUUUAGAACUUUGGAACUGUAUUUGGAAUUUUGGAACUGUAUUCGGAACUUUGGAACUGUAUUUGGAAUUUUGGAACUGUAUUCGGAACUUUGGAACUGGAUUUGGAAUUUUGGAACGCUCGACUUUUGAUCUCCAUAAUCCCGAUCAAAUUCAACCCGUGGAUUUAAUUUGUGUAGAGAGCGCUUCGGUCUCACUCAGAUUUCCUUGCUGUCGAAGUUUCUAUUGGAUUUUCUUAUUGGAUAUAAUAAUCUUGGAUUCAAACCAUUCUUUUUUUGUAACCCAUGAUAAGGAUUAAAAUAAUUCGAACCCUUUCUGGAGUUUUAAUGUAACGGAUGAGUUGUUUUAUAAUGUUAUCGAAUAUUUCACCAUACCCCCUUGGUUAGUUUCUCCACCCGAACCCAAUCAUUAGCGUCACAUCUCUGAAUAACGGUUCGGUUAAUAGCUCAAUCUGAUCGCGUAACACUUGCGCACGGUGGUGCAUGUGAGUGUUGGCAGUUGACAUCGUUAACCAACCGGGUUUGUGUAGCCUACAUCUGUUUUUGUGGAUCUUCUCCCGGUUCUCUCGCUCCCACCGGGGUGAGAGUUUCUCUUAACCCCAUGAUGUUGCUCCUUUCCCCGGUUCUCCUCCUUCUGCUCCGCGGGGUCUUAUUCGAGGCUUCGCAGAGCAUCAUCCAGGACAGCGGCUACUAUCACCACAAUGACCCGGAACUCGGACUCACCUUUGCCGGCCAAAGAACGGUGUUGGACUCGACAGACCCAUGCCUGGUGGUGUCACCUCCCUGUAUGAACGAGGCAGACCGAUACAGUCUGGAGGGUCUGAGGAACAUCCACAGAGAGAUGGAUGACGACCAGGAUGGAGGGAUAGAGGUGGAGGAGAGCGUGGAGUUCAUCAUCGAGGACAUGAAGCAGCAGCAGACCAACAAACACAGCAAUCUUCACAGAGAGGACCAACACAUCACCAUAGAAGAACUAUGGAGGGGCUGGAAGUUCUCAGAAGUCCAUAACUGGACUCAGGAUGAGGUGUUGAGGUGGCUCAGGGAGUUUGUAGAGCUGCCUCAGUACGAGAAGAACUUUAAAGACUUCAGAGUCAACGGCAACACCCUCCCCAGGAUAGCAGCCAAUGAGCCGUCGUUCCUGAGUGGCCAGCUGAAGAUCCUGGACCAGAGAGACAAACAGAAACUCAACAUCAAGGCUCUGGACGUGGUGCUGUUUGGUGCUCCUAUACGCCCACCCCAUAACUACAUGAAGGACUUGUUGCUGCUAGUUUCUGUGAUGAUGGGUGUAGGAGGCUGCUGGUUCUCCCAGGUGCAGAACAAAGCUUCUAAAGUUCACAUCUCCAAGAUGAUGAAGGACCUGGAGAGUCUGCAGAGUGCUGAGCUCAGCCUCAGAGAACUACAGGAACAGCUGGAGCAGGCCCAGGAGGAGAAGCGUAACGUGGCGGAGGAGAAACAGAACCUGGAGGAGAAGAUGAGGGAUGAGAUCAUGGGAGCCCAGGAGGAGGCACACAGACUCCAUCAGCUGAGAGCUGGAGCCGUCAGUCAACUGAGCAGACUGAGAUAUGCAGAGGAGGAGCUGGAGCAGGUUCGGGGAGCAUUAAAGAAGGCAGAGAAGGACAUGAUGGCUUACUGGUCUGUCCCGGAGGCCCUACAGCUCUGGCUACAGCUGACCCAUGAGGUGGAGGUCCAGUACUACAACAUCAAGAAACACAGUGCUGAGCUGCAGCUGAACGUAGCCAAGGAAGAGGCAGAGAAGAUCAAGAAGAAGAGGAGUUCCCUCAUGGGGACCUUCCACGUGGCUCACAGCUCCUCACUGGAUGAUGUUGACACCAAGAUCCUGGAGGCCAAGAACGCCCUAUCAGAAGUCACGGCCUGCCUACGGGAGCGUCUCCACCGCUGGCAACAGAUAGAGCGUCUGUGUGGUUUCCCUCUCCUCAGGAACUCUGGCCUGGCCAGCCUGACAGCCACGCUGUAUUCAGACUCUAACUGGGUGGCAAUGCCCAGGGUGUCUGUUCCCACCUUCCCUUCCUGUCAUGAAACAAUACAAGGCUCUCUGGAGGAUCUGAUGGAAGACCCCUCAGCACCCAUCUUAGUUCCAUCAAUGAAGCGCUCCCCUCGCUCUCGUGGAUCUACCUCCACCGUGUGUCGUCAACGGCGUUCUGGACACGCCUCCUCUUCCUCUUCCUCAUCCUCCUUCUCCGACCCUGAUAUCCUUAUCCCUAUCCACACCACGCUCCCCUGCUUCGAGGAAGAGGAGCAGAUCUUCAUCAACGCCCAGCGGAGGGGAGAUUCUCAGGUAAUUUAUUCUGACAGGACCCCUCCUGUCAGCAGAAGGUCAUCAGAACCUUCCGGAACAGAAUCCCCCGUUUGUAAGAUAUCUAGUGGAGAACUGGAAGCUUCCUUGGAUGAAGCCACAUUGAAGACAUCAUCUAAAGACGAGCCAGACUCUUCUGCUGUGGACAACACUGCUCCAAGGAAAAUGCAAAGAGGCAAAAGUGAGACUUCCAUGGACCCCCCCGCCGACGCAGCAGCCAAAAAGGUCUUGGGUCGUUCGAUGGACAACGUCUCAAGGAAGUCAUCCAGAGAUGAGUAUCACGAGGUUCCGUUGGAGACUCACGUCUCAAAGAAGAGGUCUCUUCUAUCUACAGACAUGAUCGGUGUGUCUCUGGACACCGGCUCCAGGCAGAUGAUGAGAGAGAGCAGGGGAGAAGUCUCAUUCAACAACACCAUGAGAGGAAGGCCCAGAGAAGAAAUGGUGGCGGCCAUUGGAACCCCAACGAGAAGGAUAUCCCGAGAGGAGGUGGACUUCUUAGCCGACAGCGCUCAGAGGAGGAUGGCGAUGACCAGAGACAAACUGACCCUUCAUCUGGACAGCAACUCUUCUCACAAGAUGCUCAGGAAGAAGAUAGAGUUCCCAGUGGAACCACCAUCUGCCGCCACGAGGAAGAUAUCGAUAGACGAACACCAUGAGAUGUGCUCUCACGCUGGCAGACGAACAAACAGCGAUAAGAUUGACAGAUCCAUAGACACUCCCACUGGGAAGAUCUACCCGGACAGGGUCGACAGUGCCCCGGAAAUCCCCAAACGGAGGAUAUCCAGGGAGGAGUAUGCUGGGUCGUCCCAGUUGGGUCACGGUCCCCAGGUUUUGGAUCGAGGUCAGUUCGGACAACCUGACCUCACAUUGUCUACGCCAUGGAAACAAGCCCAGACCCCUGACCCUUAUACCUCCGACCACCUGACCGAACUGGUGUAUGACGGAAUUCUGGAGAAGUCCUGUAUCACCCCAGCAACGACCCCAGCAACAACCUCUGACCUGCCCCAGAGGAUCACGGAAGGAGGAGAGCGAGAAGGGAAUCCUCCUGUUCCGCCCCCGAGGAGCGGCCGGUCCCUAAACACGUUGCCCCCGGAGAUGAGAGGCGAGAGGCACCAAAAGGACAAAGACAAAAGCACGAAGUCAUCCAAACUCAAGAACCUUUUUAAGAAAAGGAAAGAUCAUACCCCAGAACUGCCACAAGGGGGCCUGAACAAUCUCUGACCGUUAACUGGAAUUUAAACACUUUUUUACGUUAAUUUUUUUAACCAGGAAUUCUCUUGAGGUUAUGAAACUCUUCAUUUUUUUAAAAGAGAGAGAUCUGGAAAGACCUCAGCCAUGAAAAGCUGAGAGGAAACAUGAACAUUAGUCUUAUAGAUUUGAUUUUCUAAAAACCGACACGGAUUCUUGGCUGGGAUUGCAUGUUUGAAAGAAAAAAACAUGAGCAAUAGGCUUGAUAAAUGUUUUUUCAAAGUCAACAAAGACUGAUUUUUGAAACCCAGAAAAAUAGUGUCCUGGCCGAAAAAGCGCAGAUUACUGGGCAACAUCUUAUUUUGGCAAUGGCUAGUCAAUGGGCAGGCACCAAACUCUUGAGUUGACAUGUCAGUCUCUAAGACUGAUCAAACUCAUACUGGACUGAAUACUCUGAAAACAGGAGACAGUGUUUGGUAUAGUUUCGGUAAUAUUUUGGUAAUACAAAGCAGAAUCAAUUAACCAGCUAUCUUUUAAUUCACCAUAGUUAACCAUCUAACUUUGAUAAAUAACCAGAAAUAACUAUUGAUUUUCUGGUUCAUUAAGAAAAGCUAAACUUAGAUAUGUGUGUCUUUGGUUGUUUAGUCAAUUGGACAAUGCCCAUGUCAAGCUUAAAGGUAUAAAAAGCUAUUUUCAUAACGUUUAGGCAAGUUAGCUGGCUAACUCAUUGAUCCUGCUUUUAUAGUAUACCCCUCUGGCCGGAUUUCCUCAGAGGGACAAAGAGGAUGAAGGGUGUAAGAUAACCUAUGGUGCACAAAUGUUGUCUCUGCAAGGAAGUCUUAAUAAGUAGACCAAUGAUGGGUGUCCCGUUUCAGCUUCAUUUGGAAGCAGUGUGAUCCCAUACUAUGUUUGAUCGCCUCCUAUGUUCAGCGUUGGGUGUUUAGAGCUGAGCUAUUUAUUUCUUGACUAGGGAGCAUUUCUUCGGAGCUCUUCUCCUGUACGAUAGAAGCAACUGUAGUUUAUUUGGAUUGGGGAGUGCUGUUCAAUGGUUCCUAGACCUUUUUAUCAGUACAGUCACCGUGCUUUGUUCAAUGGUUCCUAGACCUUUUUAUCAGUGCAGUCACAGUGCUGUUCAAUGGUUCCAAUACCUUUUUAUCAGUGCAGUCACAGUGCUGUUCAAUGGUUCCUAGACCUUUACCUCAGUGCAGUCACAGAGCUUUGCUUGGGGGAGAUUUCUAGUAUGUGUACGGUUGCAACAUUUAGAUAACUUUCCCAAAUUCCCAGGUUUUCCGGUCAGAAGAUUCCCUGGAAUCCUGGUCAGAAGAUUCCCAGAAUCUAGAGGGAAAAUCGAGAAUAUUCCAACCAGGAUUUCUGGAAAACCUGGAAAUUAGUUGAAAAGCAUGUUUUUUUUUAAAUUUAACUAGGCAAGUCAGUUAAGAACAAAUUCUUAUUUACAAUGACGGCCUAGGAACAGUGGGUUAACUGCCAUGUUCAGGGGCAGAACAACAGAUGUUUUACCUUGUCAGCUCGGGGAUUUGAUCAAGCAACCUUUCGGUUAGUGGCCCAACGCUCUAACCACUAGGUUAGACUCUCUAACCACUGUUGCUUUUCGUUUCUUUUAGAACUGAGCUUUGAGAAAGGAUGUGAUUUUUUAAAAACUAAAUUAAUCUAAUUAAAUUAGCUUGUUUUUGAGAAUUGUUCUGUUCUUUUUCUUUGUGGAAGUUCAGUUUUUCUUUUCAAGGUGAUUAAUUUACUGAUUUUAUUUGAAGGUGCCUUUGGGGGGUAGUUUCUCAAUUUUUAUGUAAAAAAAUGUUCAUGACAUCUUUUACUUGUUUGUUAAUUAAAUAUAAUUUAUUUUAUUGACCGUUUUACAGUCUUGGGUGUCUAGGAUAGAGUCAACUAUAUCUAAAGAAAGUCUUGACCAAGUCAAGGUCCUCAGAAACGGACCUGCACUAAAAUACUUUAUUGAAAGGAAACUUUGUAUGCAUUGAUAAUGAUGAAUUUUAAAAUAAAUGUUAACAAAAUUUCGAAUGUA